AUGCCUCUCAAAGUUAUAAUUGCUGGUGCAGGCUUGGGUGGCCUGGGUGCCGCUAUCGCCAUGGCCCGCGCUGGUCAUAACGUGGAGGUUUUCGAACAAUCAAGAUUCCUUAACGAGAUCGGUGCUGCGAUUCACAUUGCCCCCAACGCAACCAGGGUGCUCAAGUCCUGGGACAUUGACUUUACAGAGCUACAGGCCGUCUUAUGUAAUGCCAUCAAGAUCUACGACCAUACAGCUACCAUAAAGAAACUUGAGGAACUUCAGAAGAGUACUGGCAGCAAGGAUGAAUGGCUCUUGACUCACCGCGUCGACCUGCACAACACUCUUCGCAAGGCAGCGACGGAAAAGACCUUCGCGGGAACGAUAAAGAUUCACACGGCAAGCAAGGUGAUCAACGCGGACGCAGAAAAAGGCGAAAUUACUUUGGCGAGCGGAGUCAAACACAAAGGUGACUUACUAAUCGGAGCAGAUGGUGUCCAUUCCAAGGUCGUUUGCUCCGUUGCAGGAAGUCCUCCUGUUCGUGUGAGUACAAAACAAAACGUGUUCCGAUUCCUGGUACCGAUCGACAAGCUCAUGGCCAAUCCCAUCACUGGACCCUUUUUCGGAAAACUUGGUUUCGACUGUCAACACGUGUUUACAACUAGAGAUCGAAGAAUGGUGGUCUACCCGUGCCGGAAUGUGAAGUUGCUCAACAUCGUUGCUAUGCACCCGGCUGAGGAUGCUGGCCUCGACUCAGAGUCCUCGUGGCUAGCGGGCGGGAAGGUGGAGGAUUUGCUCGAGGUUUACAAGGAGUUUGGGCCUGAGCUUAUCGAGAUGUGCAGGAUUGGCGAAGACCUGAAACUGUGGAGUUUGGCUACGCGAGAUCCCCCGACCAAGUUCUACAAGGGCAGAACUGUGCUGCUUGGUGAUGCAGCUCAUCCGAUGCUCCCACAUCAAGGACAAGGCGGAGCGCAAUCAUUCGAAGAUGCCGCAGCUCUCGGGAUCUUGUUCCCCGCCGACACGACGGUGGACGAUGUACCUCGGCGACUGGAACUUUACAACAAGCUCCGCUAUCCACGAUCUGUCACUGUGAUGUUUAUGUCCAAGAUCAACGACGAGAGGCGAGGCGAGAUGAUGGAGGAUCUUCGCAAAUUUGUCCCUGAUGCGGAACUCCCUCCCAAUAUUUUCCCCUACUUGUGGAAUAACUUCGUGCUUGACGAUGCGCAAAAGGCUCUGGCAGCAGCGGCCUAA